UCCACUCUCACCCCCUCCUCCACACAUGCAGCAGCUUCAGGAGCAAGUACUCUGCACUGCUUUCACUCCAGUAACUCUCUGCUACUGCUCUACCCGCUGCUUUCUGACUGCACUUUCUCAUUAUUUCGGGUUGAGUGAGUCCAGCGCUCUUUCUCUGUGGACAUGAAGGCUAAACGAUGUGUGCCAGUCUGGAUUAUACUGGCCCUGGUUCAGGUGACCUGCUGGGCUGAACCCCUGGAGAAACAGGACCCACAAGUGAUAGACAUGCUGGCUCUGCAGGAUGUGAAGCAGAACGUUGCUGCUGUGGAGAAGAUGUCUGGAGCUCUGAAAACCCUUAGCGACCUCUACAUAGUCUCCACCUUCCGCCUGCCCCCCAAACUGGGCGGGGUUCUGUUGGGCUUCUACAAUAAGCAGGACAAUAAGAAGUACCUGGAGCUCGCCAUCAUGGGCAAGAUCAACAAAGCUCUGGUUCGGUAUGUUCGUGAGGAUGGGAAGCUGCACACGGUGAACCUGCAGAGCGCUAACCUGGCAGACGGGCGCGCUCAGUCCAUCAUCUUGCGUGUGGGAGGCCUGCGCAGAGACAACCUAAGCCUGGAGCUUUACGUCAACUGUCGUCUGGCUGACUCUGCACAGCGCCUGCCUCCACUAGUCGCUCUGCCUGCUGAGGCAGAGUUAGUGGAGAUACGGAACGGCUACAAGGCGUACGCUCGCCUUCAGGGGUCUGUGGAGUCUCUUAAACUGGCUCUUGGAGGCAGUGUAGCUAAAGCAGGAGCUCUCACUGACUGCCCAUUCCAGGGGGACUCUUCAGCCUAUAACAUAGUUAAUGGGGAAGCAAACUCUAUUCUAGGAGAUCACACCAAAGCUCUGAUAGGACAACUCAUCAUCUUCAACCAGAUCCUGGGUGAGCUAAGAGAGGACAUAAGAGAACAGGUGAAGGAGAUGUCUCUAAUUAGAAACACUAUACUGGAGUGCCAAGUGUGUGGGUUCCAUGAGCCUCGCUCUCGUUGCCAACCAAACCCCUGCUUUAAGGGCGUGGCCUGCAUGGAGAACUUUGAGUUCCCAGGUUAUCGCUGUGGGCCGUGUCCCGAAGGAAUGACUGGCAAUGGUACUCACUGCCACGACAUCGAUGAGUGUGUGCUGGCUCAGCCUUGCUAUUCCCCCAGUGCAUGUGUGAACACUGCAAAGGGCUUCAGCUGUGAGCCCUGCCCACCUGGCUUCUGGGGCCCCCCUCUCUUAGGGGUUGGUGUGGAGUACGCCAAACACCACAAACAGGAAUGCUCAGAUGUUGAUGAAUGUGUUGAAGUUGCCAAUGCCUGCACACCCAAUUCAGUCUGCAUAAACACCAUUGGUUCGUUUAAGUGUGGUCAGUGUAAAGUCGGGUAUGUAGGUAAUCAGACCGCAGGCUGUUAUCCAAGGAGAUCCUGCGCUACACUGAGCUUUAACCCAUGUGACUCUAAUGCGCACUGCAUCAUGGAGAGGAACGGGGAAGUGUCCUGUGCGUGUAAUGUGGGCUGGGCUGGUAAUGGGAACACAUGUGGUACAGACACAGACAUUGACGGCUAUCCUGACCGCUCUCUGCCCUGCAUGGACAACGACAAGCACUGCAAACAGGAUAAUUGUAUCUACACACCAAACUCAGGCCAAGAGGAUGCUGAUAAUGAUGGUAUAGGUGACCAGUGUGAUGAGGACGCUGAUGGAGACGGUAUUAAGAAUGUGGAGGAUAACUGCCGGCUAAUGUCUAAUAAAGACCAGCAGAACUCAGACACUGACUCGUUUGGAGAUGCCUGUGAUAACUGUCCCAAUGUGCCCAACAUUGACCAGAAAGAUACUGACAACAACGGAGAGGGAGACGCCUGCGACAAUGACAUUGAUGGAGAUGGCAUUCAGAACGUGCUGGACAACUGCCCCAAAGUGCCGAACCCUAUGCAGACAGACAGGGAUGGGGAUGGAGUGGGAGAUGCCUGUGACAGCUGCCCUGAGAUGAGCAACCCCAUGCAGAGUGAUGUUGACAACGAUCUUGUGGGAGAUGUGUGUGAUACCAAUCAAGACUUAGAUGGGGAUGGACACCAGGACACUCGAGACAACUGCCCGGACAUUCCGAACAGCUCUCAGCUUGACUCAGAUAACGAUGGCAUUGGAGAUGACUGUGAUAAUGAUGAUGACAACGACGGGAUCCCUGAUUUUGAAACUAUGGGAGGCCUCGGACCUGACAACUGCCGGCUGAUCCCAAAUCCCAACCAGAAAGACUCAGACGGUAAUGGAGUUGGAGACGUGUGUGAGAAUGACUUUGACAAUGAUGCAGUGAUGGAUUUGGUUGACGUGUGUCCUGAGAGCGCUGAGGUCACACUCACAGAUUUCAGAGCCUAUCAAACUGUCAUACUGGACCCUGAGGGUGAUGCACAGAUAGACCCGAACUGGGUGGUCCUUAACCAGGGUAUGGAGAUUGUUCAGACAAUGAACAGUGAUCCUGGACUUGCAGUUGGCUACACAGCUUUUAAUGGAGUGGACUUUGAGGGCACUUUCCACAUAAACACAGUCACUGAUGAUGACUACGCUGGAUUUAUCUUCGGCUACCAAGACUCCUCCAGCUUCUACGUGGUGAUGUGGAAACAAACAGAGCAGACCUACUGGCAGUCUAUACCGUUCCGAGCCAUGGCUGAUACUGGCCUACAGCUUAAGGCAGUGAAGUCCCGUACAGGGCCUGGCGAGUUCCUGCGUAACGCUCUGUGGCACACAGGAGACACAGACGGUGAGGUGAAGCUGCUGUGGAAAGAUCCACGUAAUGUCGGCUGGAAGGACAAAACUUCCUACCGCUGGCAGCUCAGCCACCGGCCACAGGUCGGCUACAUCAGAGUAAAGCUCUAUGAGGGAACAGAAAUGGUGGCUGAUUCUGACGUGGUGAUUGACACAUCUAUGAGAGGAGGACGACUUGGAGUGUUCUGCUUCUCACAAGAAAACAUCAUCUGGUCCAAUCUACGCUACCGCUGCAAUGAUACGGUCCCUGACGACUUCCAGCCACAUCGUAAACAAGUUCUAAUGCACAUUCAGGUGUGAGGAACGAGAGACUAAAAGAUGGCCACCCUGACCUGCACUGCCUUUUCACAUGGAUACACACACAUUCUCUACACUUCGCUCCAAGUCUCCAGAACGGCCGCUGUGAAAGAGUGAGACUGCUGAGCUCUUGUGUGUGAAAGGGAACACAAGAUCAAAGGAGAGAGAGAGAGAGAGAGAAUGACACCACAUCCCUCCGACUCUAAAGAGGCAAAGCCAAAGCUCAGAGAGCACAAACUGACCUUUUUUACUAUAUGAACGAGUGUGCUGUAGCAGGGAGGAGCCUCAGGCCAUGUAUGAAGGUGUGUGCAAGUGAGCGUGUGUGUGUAAGUAUGUGUAUGUGUGCGUUUGAUGAUAUAGGAAGAAUCUGUAAAGAUGUGUUACCAGUGAUUCCUAACGUUGACUGUUCCUCAUAGGACAGAAUCGGUGGGAUGUUUCCUGCCUGUGUUUGUCGCCCCACUCUUGUAAAUACCAACAAUAAACCAUAAGCUAUAAUGUUAAAGUUUACCAAAUAACAGCCUUUUUCCCCCAA